UUGUUGACACAAAAAUAUUCACUCUUUCAAUAAAAAACAAGAAUAUUUUCAGUACAAGCACUUCAAAAAUAUUAACUAAACAGCAAAAGAAAUCUCGGGCCAACAAUAUUUUUAUUUAACUUCGUGAAUAAUAUAAAUAGAAGAUGUGAAAUCGGAUGACUAAUCAGAAAAUUCUCAACUCAUAAAAAAACUCGAAUUAGAAUUUUCUGCUUCCGUGUCAUCAGUAAAAAUAAGAGAAAUACCAGUGGAAAAAAAAUUACCUAUAAUUUUCAAAUAUGUAUGAUACAUUAGUAUGGAUCGAUUACGUCAUAAUAGCGUGUACAUUGCUGAUCAGUUCAGGAAUUGGAUUAUAUUACCGAUUCUCUGGUGGACGUCAGAAAACUACUGAGGAAUUUUUUGUUGCUAAUCGAGACAUGGGAGUCACGACAAUUGCAAUUGGUCUCAUGGUGUCACUAUUAUCAGCUGUUAGUCUGCUGGGUGUCAGUUCAGAGAUUUAUAUGCAUGGAACGCAUUAUUUGGUGAUCGUUUUGGGAUAUGUCCUUGCUACACCGGUCAUUGCUUAUUUUUAUCUGCCGGUGUUUUUUAAUUUGGGAGAUACGAGUGCAUUUCAGUAUUUAGAGAAACGAUUUGGAGUGAAAACACGACUAGUAGCCAGCGCAGUAUUUCUCCUACAAUUUCUAUUGUACACCGGGGUUGUUUUGUAUGCACCUGCACUUGCACUGGAAGCAACCACCGGCCUCUCCACGACAAUGAGUGUAUUUAUUAUUGGGGCCGUCUGUACUUUUUACUCGACCAUCGGGGGAAUGAAGGCAGUUUUGAUUACAGAUGUCUUUCAGGGGGGUUUGAUGAUUGCCUCGGUUGUUAUUGUGAUUGCCACUGCAGUUUUGGAUGCUGGGGGGAUCGACAGAAUUUGGGACAUUGCGGUCGAGGGGAAGAGAAUUGAUUUUUACAGCACUUCAGUGGAUCCGACGGUUCGUCACACCUGGUGGAAUCUAAUAAUCGGUGGAUUUUUCAUAUAUUUAUCCCUGUACGGGGUCAAUCAGAUUCAAGUCCAAAGAAUGUUGACAAUUAGAAGUCUGAAAAGAGCGAAAGCGGCAGUCUGGCUGUCCCUCCCCAUCACCAUAGUUCUCGUCUGUGGAAUCGGCUUCUCCGGUCUCGCUUUGUACUCGAAAUACCACAAAUGCGAUCCCCGAACAGCGGGUGUCAUCGCCUCGAACGACCAAUUAAUGCCUCAUUAUAUCAUGGAAAAUUUAUCCAAGUAUCCGGGAAUUCCGGGGCUAUUCAUCGCUGGGAUUUUCAGCGCUGGACUUAGUACAGUAUCUGCUGUACAAAAUUCAGCAGCUGUUAUUAUUUUAGAGGACUAUGUGAAACCAAUUUUCCAAGCUCGACAAAAGACAUUGACCGAGGAUCAAUCCGCCUACAUGAGUAAAUUCCUCGCAUUCCUGGUGGGUCUCGUCUGCCUAGCCGUGGCCCUCCUAGCCCAACACCUUGGUAAUCUCCUGCAAGCCGCUCUGACAAUAUUUGGAGUGGUCGGAGGUCCUCUCCUGGGUGUUUACACACUGGGAAUGUUCACAGAGUCCACCGAGGAAAUAAGUGCAAUCUGCGGACUAAUUGCCAGUUUCAUUCUCUCUCUGUGGAUUGGAUUUGGCGAGCCAAAGCCAGAAAUUCCAAAGCUCUCAGUUGACGUCAGUGGUUGCAACGUCACAAUGACUGAUAGUACAAAUAACAGGGAUAGAACAAACGAUGAUGACAUAUUUUAUCUCUAUCGGAUAUCCUACAUGUGGUACUGUGCACUUGGCUUCCUCUCCUGUGUCAUCAUCGGCCUUCUGACGUCCCUAAUCAUCAAUUUCUUAUCUGAGACGAGAAAUAACGAAAGGAAAAUAUUGAAUCCUGAUUUGUUCACUCCACUGAUCGCAGCCAGAAUACGAAAACGACAGGAGAUGCAAAGAUAUUAGGGUGUUAGAUAAUAUUGUUGAGUCAACAUUGGUGAGGAAAUAUCACCUCGUAUUCAUCCAUUGAGGGGCAUUUGCGGUUUCCGGAGCGCUUUUGAAAUUCCUCGGGCGUUACCUCGACCUCAAAUUAUUCCGGUGUUUGUCCGCUUUGUAUGGAUUCAAUAUUGACUGUGGUGUAUUAGUUCAAGUGGUUCGAGGAAAAUCACGACACAUUUGUGGGUAUUAUUCUUUAUUAGUUAUUCGGAUUGAUGUUGCAUUGGGGAAUUUUGUCGAUCUAUGAUUAAUGGUUUUAGAUAUGUUUUCAUUGUGAUGACAUAAUAAAGUGUGUUUGGUAUUUUUA